AUAAAGAAAAGAGGAAAGAGGAAAGAGGAAAGAGGAAAGAGGGAGAAAGUAAAAAUCUAUUAUGGGUUGGGUUGGACUAAUAAUUAAGUGGGGCAUCCAUCACAAGCAAGAACCAGCUGUUAUUGCUCAUAUUCUCAUCUUUGAAACUUUCUUGGCAAGAUCUGGUUUUUCUCUCCCUUUGGUCCCGAAGAGAGGGGGUCCAAUUUCUCAUCUUUUUGUUUGUGCAUAGAGAACUACAAGGAAAUUGUCAGUGCCAGAAGAAGAACUUCUGAGAGAUCUGGCAGCUUCGCUUACAGGACAAAUUGGGGAAUGAAUUGAUAUAUAGAUGGGGAGGAAAGGGAAAUGGUUUUCUUCGGUGAAGAAGGCUUUCAGUCCAGAGUCCAAGAAAGCAAAGAAGAAAUUGGCUGGGAAGGAAAAAUCUGCUGUUCUCGAUCCCUCGGCUUCAGAAACUAUCACAGUGUCUCAUCCUCUUCCUCUACCAGAAGAGGAGAAAUUGAUUGAAGAAGAGCUCGAACAAACUAAACAUACUUAUUCUGCUGCACAUACCACCAAUGUGGCAGCUGAGCCUUCCAUUGGAGCUGCUCAGGCUGCUGCAGAGGUUGUUCAAGUCACUGCCGUGGCUCAUUCAACAGGCAAAUUGAAGGAGAAACUUGCAGCAAUCAAAAUUCAAACUGCAUUCCGUGGAUACCUGGCAAGAAGGGCAUCAAAGGCUUUGAGAGGGCUUGUCAGGCUGAAAUCGCUGGUACAAGGACCCCCCAUAAAACGCCAAACCACAAAUGCCUUAAAAUGCAUGCAAACUCUAGCUCGUGUGCAAUCUCAAAUCCAAUCCCGGAGGAUUAGAAUGUCAGAGGAGAAUCAGGCACUCCAGAAACAGCUCCUACAAAAACGUGCAAAGGAACUUGCAAAUUUGCGGAUGGGAGAGGAAUGGGACGACACUCUACAGUCCAAAGAACGGAUUGAAGCAAACUUAUUAAGCAAGUUUGAGGCAGCCAUGAGAAGAGAGAGAGCACUUGCGUAUUCUUUCUCUCAUCAGCAAACCUGGAAGAAGUCUACAAGAUCUGCGCCUCUAAUGUUCAUGGACCCAAACAAUCCUCAAUGGGGUUGGAGUUGGUUAGACCGGUGGAUGGCAGCCCGUCCAUGGGAGACCCCAAGUUCAACUGAGAAGGAGCUCAACAAUGACCAAUCAUCCACAAAGAGUGCCAGCCUCGAUCAAUCCGGUGGGGAAAUCACCAAGGCCUAUGCUCGAUAUCAACUCGGUUCUGAUAAACCUUCGCCAACUACCACCAAAAAGCCUGCCCGUCCUUCUAGCCACCGGUCUCCUUCAACUCCCUCCCCAAAGGGAGCUCCUUCAAUGCUAACCAGGAAACUGAAGCCGGCCAGCCCCCGAGGGAGUGCCUUCGGCGCAGACGAUGAUGCAAAGAGCAUGUUAAGCGUGCAGUCAGAGAGGAGCCGGAGGCAUAGCAUUGCUGGCUCGUCAGUGAGGGAUUACGAGAGCCUGGGGAGCUCGCUAUCGGUUCCAAGUUACAUGGCACCAACCCAGUCAGCGAAAGCUAAACUGCGGAUGCAGAGUUCCCUGGGGUUGGAAAAUGGGACUCCUGACAAGGAACCGGCGGAGCCUGCAAAGAAACGGCUGUCGUUCUCGGCUUCGCCAAGGCGGCAUUCAGGUCCGCCUAAGGUUGACACCAGUACUGUCAUUGCGGAGCAUACUGCGGCGAAUGGAUCGGUGUCGGCCGCCACUUAGUUGCUUCUGAUCAAGAAGCAGAGAAGAAAAUAAGCCACCUGGGUUUCAGAAGAAGAAGAUAGAUACAUACAUACACCAUUUGGUUGGUGAAUUUGCCUCUGGGCUAUGUUAAAUUAUUUUCAGUUCAUUCAUUGCUUUUAGACUGUUUGGAUUGAGGGGUGAAAAUCAUUCAAUCUCUGGGUGAGUCUUUACCAUGCGAUUGAUUGCUUCAUAUAUGUAUAUCUUUCUUUCUCUGUGUCUCUCUCAUUGUUGUAUUGUGAAUGAUGGAUUCUAUAGGAGAGUGAACACGGUUCUGUUUCUCUUUGUUGCUUUCUUUGCAAUGUAAUAAAGCCAUUCGUUAUACCGUCCUCUUUAUACUAAAUUUUAUUUCAUUUAUUUA